AUGGCGGACUUCGCGCUUGGUGUUGCCAAGUCGCUGGUGGAGGCGACGCUGGCCAAGGCCCAGUCAGCGAGGGAAACGGAGGCGAAGCUGCGGAAGAGCGCAGAAAGUGACCUGGCGUUCAUUACUGAAGAGUUCCAGGAGAUGCAGUCCAUCCUCAGCGUUCUGGACGAGGAGACCGCCAAGAUCGAGGUGGUGAAAACCUGGGUGAUGCUGGUUCGUACCCUGGCCUACGAUUACGAGGAUCGCAUGGAAUUUAUGGACCAGUACGUGGAUAACAAGCGGGACUGGUGGUUCCGGCUGCUCCUGCCAUGCUCGACCCUCCCCCUGGAUGAGGCUGCGGCCGAGUUAAAGCAGCUCAAGGGAAGGGUCGAGGAUGUGAGCAAUAGGAACCGUCGCGACAAGCUUAUCAAUAAGUUGGGCUUCACUGAAGCGACGGCCAUUGCAAAGAUGCAGAAAGAUUUAGGAAGUUGUCUCACCCAGUUCAUCACCAAGGAGGGCAGUGAUGACCUUCGAGUGAUCUCGGUGUGGGGGACAGGUGGUGAUCUUGAUCUUGGCUUCAUGCUCGCCGUCAGGAAGGCCUACCUAGCCCCCGAUACCUGCCAACUCUUCCCAUGCCGUGGCUGGUUGAAAUUGACAGAUCCCUUAAAUCCCCACGAGGCCCUCCGGAGCUUGAUGACUCAAUUCUAUACAAACUCUUGCCUGCAAAUCGAAGCCAGUGUGGAUGUAGAUGAACUGGUGAGGAUGGAGGAGACAACAACGACUCAAAUCGGGCUCAUCAAGGAGUUCAUGAAGCAAGUAAACGAGAAGAGGUACCUAGUCAUCCUGGAAAACGUGUCCAACAUGGGACAGUGGGACGCCAUCAGGACCUACCUGCCUGAUAGGAAGAACGGCAGCUUGAUCAUCGUCUGCACGCAGCCACGUGAGAUUGCAAGCAUGUGCGUCGGAGAUUCACACCAGGUGUUGGAGCUGAAUAAGUACUCGACUAAUAAGCAGUCUCUAUGUGUCUUCUUCAAGGAGGGUUCUCAAGAAAAGGAGGCUGACGGGAUGGAGGAGGAUGAAGUGAGCUACUCUUCUGGCCUUUCGUCCGACAGAGUUCUCAUCACCAAACAGGACAUAGCCCGUAGCUGGAUGGAACAAUUCACCCUUGUUGGAGUACGAGUCACAACUCAAUGAACUUCGCUACUGUAUGGCUCAGUCGCUGUUCAAUGAUUUGAAGGUGAUUUCUGUGUGUGGAAUACCUGGCGUUGGGAAAUCAGAACUUGUCAGAUACUUCUACUACAACAGAAUGCUUGAAAGGCGCCAGCUCUUUCACCAGUACGCUUGGG